AUGAUUACUUCGCCAGAAACGUUGUCCUCAGCAUCUAUCGUAAUAACAAGCACUUUGUCUGUACAAUCGACAGUACCACGGACAUUAGAAUCUACCGCUACAUCAUCAGAAAGUUCUAAUACGCUAUCAACAAAUGAACCACAGAGUAGUGAUUACAUUGCCAUAAAUUCGACAGAGACCUCAGCGUUAUCAGAGACUGAAGCAUCACGUAGUUCAACACUAACAGAAAGUAGUGCAGCAACAAUACUGGAAACAUCUCAGAUCUCCACUAAACAAACACAUGUCACAUUAGAGCCCGAAACUGAGUAUCCCACAUCUCAAAUUAUUUCUAGUUCAGCUUUUCCUACAAUUGAAUAUACCAAGGAGGAAUCUUCGACAAGAACCACAACAGCAUUUACGGUGAUAAUUAUGCCGUCAUCGCUUGUAUCGGAAACCAAUACGAUAGAUCAGUCUCAAGCUACACUUUCAUCAUUAAUAAAUAUAACUACAAUUCAGUCGACGAUAUCUCAACAAAUAUCAGAGACACCGUCUACUCCAGUAACAGAAAAUUUCCUUCAAAGCUCAACUUUAGCACCAAUUAGCAUAUCAUCAGAAUAUGGCUCGACCGAACCAUCAGUAUUAUCACAAUCCAGCACGAUAAUAGAACUUGCCCGUGGAGCUGGACUGUUUUCAGUAAUUGUUCACCUUCUUGUGGUAAUGGAAGUCGAACCCUGGCAAGAAGUUGCUCUAUUUGCUCCGACACAUCGUGUACUUAUACGAUGGAACAAAGAGUGGAACAAUGUACAUUCUUACCGGCUUGUCCAGACAAAUCUCGUUUUGGAUGCGGUGCGUGGUACAGAUCCAACAGUUCGUUCGGCUGCAUACCAACUUUCUGAACCGAUGUUUUAUCCACCCUAUGAUUUCAGCACGCUAUAUAUAGUCGACAAAGGUUAUAUAUCAUUAGGUCAACCUUUAUAUCAGCGUGACAUGACUGAGAGCGUGUUUAAUAGCUUAGACAGAGCUAUCAUAGCUCCUUAUUGGACAAGUAUUUCUUAUAUUCCAAAUCUAUCUAAAGUAUUUGUUAAUAUGUACAAUACAAGCUCAAGCCUAAACGAUAUUUACGAUGUAAUUAAUCAAACAAUUAUACAAGCCUGUCCUACUUUAGAAUGUGAUUCAGUAAAAUAUAAUGUUAUGAAAAUUCUGCGUAUUCAAUGGACCAAUAUGCAAUAUCAAUCAGCAAAUGGUACUAAUUGGACUAAUAUUCAAUUUAGUGUUUUUAUUAUAAAUGCCUACGAUACAGCUUUAUCCACUAGGUCCGUUUUAAGAACUUAUCUUGCUUUUGAUUAUCGUAAUCUACCAUCCAUUCCAAAUUUAAACCCAUUUGUUGGAUAUCGAAGUCAACCUUUAAAUAACACAUUGCCUUACCUACGUAUUUUGAAUGAUCAGCAAAAUAGUGCCUUCAUAGGUCCCAACUCGAUAACUGGAAUGUACAUGGGUGGACGAUUUCUCACAAAAUGUGAAUAUGACUAUUGGAAAGAAGUUCAAGAGAUUCAAAUAGAUCCUACUAAGAAUUUGUACGAUACAGUUGUUAAUCCACGAUUUCCGUGUCCUUGUACAUACGAUCAAAUUCUUAAGGAUCAACGUUUUAUAUCGUUAAACAAUGAAAAUCAAUAUGAAAAAUUUAAUAACAUCAUUUGCUUUGGACCUCGAAACCAAAUACGCGUAAAAACUAGCAAAAAUACAUACAAUCUUCUAAAUUCACAGACUUGUUGUUAUAACUCGAUAACUAGUUCAAUGAUAAUAUCGGGUCCUUUUGCUGGCUCAGUUUUAAGAGAUCCAUCAAUCAUAUAUCAACCCACUGCUCACGAAAGACGAAUACCAGAACGUGAUGAUUGUUGUGUAGCAACGGGCAAUAUCAUUAACUGGAAUACGUGUAAACUUUAUUAUCAAAUACGUCCGGCUAGUGAUUGUGACACUUAUCGACCACCUAGUAUAGUAUGGUACGGUGGCGAUCCGCACGUGUAUACGAUAGAUGGAAGUUUAUAUACAUGCCAUAUUGUUGGAAGAUACAUUUUUGCACGCACAUCAUCACUGGGAAACAGCACUGCAUUUAAAAAUGAUAAUUUAGACGAGUCACCGCUACUGCCCUACAUACGAUCAAAAGGUUAUGCAUCUGUCUUUACACGUUUCAUUCUGAGUGCAGAUGAAGUAGAAUUUAGUAUAUCAAGUCAACCUGACAGUACAUUCAUUUUAACCGUUUCAAACAAUUUAAACAUUACACUACCCACAAAUGAUGUUUCAUAUUCUUACACUAAAAAUGAUAGCGAAAGACCAUUUUCAAUUGUUCAAACAACCUAUAGUCAAUUUUAUGAAGGUACAGAUACGACAUUACCAGAAUUAACAAUUUCAUUAUGGUCAGGACUAACACUAACAUGUACAGCAAUAUUGCAAGUUGUUUCCUGUACCUUGUUAUUACCAGAUAAGUUUAAAACUUAUAUUGAGGGUUUAGCUGGUAAUUUUGAUGGCGACGCAACGAAUGAUUUACGUUACAAAACAAAUGACACAAUAGUUAUUGAUCUCAAAGAUGAUUCUCAGGUGUACGAUGCAUGCGUAUCAUGCCAAUAUUGUGAUGAAAUGUUUAAUCCAUGCAAUUUACCAGGUGUCUGCGAAGUAAAUUUUCAAUAUGGUGCAACUUGUACUUUCUCACAGAAUGAUACGCAACCAUAUGUUUGCGAUGGUGAUUGUCUAGACGGUUUUGAAUCGCUUGACAAUUAUACAUGCAGUGAAGCCGAUGGUACAUGGCCCCUUCGUUGUCCAGAUUAUGGUACAAUAUGUAAUUAUAACAGUACGUUACAGAACUAUACAUGCGAUUGUUAUUCACCUUAUUUUAUUAAUACAAAUGGCACGUGUUUACUGUUGAAUACAUCAUUAUGUGAUAAUAGCACAUACAUUUGUCAAUUUAAUACUUUAGCAAACUUAGAAAUGAAAAAUGUCCAGUUGUCUUCUGAUCUAUAUUGUUUAGGUGGUAAAAUAUUUAAUAAUGGCACAUGCGAAUAUAAUCAUAUUGAUGAGUGUGAGUUAGGAAUGGCAGACUGUCCACUUAUUGUAUCUUAUUGUGUUGAUACAAAUGGUAGUUAUAUCUGUGAAUGUAAUAGUGGUUACGAAUUUAUGAUUGCGAAUCAAACAAAUUCAACUUGUCAAGACAUAAAUGAAUGUGUCAAAAAUCCUCUCAUAUGUACAAACUAUACUAUGACAUUUUGUGAAAAUGUUCCAGGAACCCAUGAAUGUCGGUGCAACCCCGGCUAUGCACCAGACGAAAAUAUCUAUGGAAUACAACCUCAAUGUGUGAUUUGUGAGUAUUUGGAAACGGGUCAGUGCAAUAAUAAUAAUAAUGCUUGCAACUGUUUUUUAAAAAAUAAUGUUACAUAUGAGCAACCAUAUUGUGAGAAUUCAAUCGACAUAUCAUUGAAAUCUACUGGAACCACCAACUGGACAGUUUUACUAGGUGUUGUUAGUGGUAUUGCCGGUUUAUUACUUGCCAUUUCAUUAUGUAUGUGUGCCUAUUUUAUUUAUCAAAAACGUCGUCGUCCAACAACUAAAACGGUAGUUUCAAGAUCUAUAUGGACUAUUCCAAGAGUAAAAUUGCCAACAUUGGGUAGCAUGGUACCAUUCGACGACAUUGGUUUUACUUAUAAUGAAGGCAACAGUGAUGAUGGCAGUACACAUGAUUUACAAAUUGAAGAAUCAAUAUCGUCCACCUAUCGUGCUACAUACGAUAGUGAACAAACAUUGAAAUCAAUUGAUAGUCAAUUUUUUAAAGAUUUAGAAAAUAUUACGUCACUUCGUACGUCAAGACCACGUCCACAAAUUUCAUCUACAAUUGAUACGUUAAACAGUAUCCCAGUGAACAGUGAUAUGAGUACAAAUGUACUCGAAGAUUUCGAUGAAUUAAGCGAAAGCGAAUUCAUUACCGAUUUAAUGGACGAUAUGAUCAAAAACGAUAUAAAUGACGAUUUUACCGAAGCACUUAAUCCACAUUUAGCAAUACCACGAGUAAAUUCGACUACAAAAUCAGACAGCCUAUUUUCGGUAAAUUCUGAAAUUAAAGUUUAG